AUGGACCGCCGACAAAGGGAUGCCACUGCGGCCUUGGAGGUAGCCAUUCAGUUGGCACGAGGACAGCCUACACUUGCCUCCCAAUCGGAUCAACCACCUAAUACUCACCCACAACAAAAUCCACAUUCAAAACAUCCCCAACAUCACCACAAUCUGCCACAACCAAUGAAUCCUCAGGGGUCAGAGCAACCCCCUGAUGCUCAACAGGAGAGGCCGUUCUAUGAUCUUGAGCAGCAACCAAGCUCCCGUGCUGAUCAAAAUAAUACCCAGCAGCAAAGGCAGAAUUGGGCCAAACAGCAUCCUAGAAGCCCUGGACGCCAGAUGGCUGAGGAACAAAACCCUCCUAGCAGAGGACAACGUCCUUUGGGGAGUAAAAGUCAGGUGGAGUCAGGCUCUGCGGUCAGGGGUCCCCCACGACAUAAGAAUUUCAGGGAACCUACCGACCAACACAGGAGGAAUGCUAGUCGACGGCAAGAGGAGAGGGGUGAAGGACAGAACCCUCCGCCUAUGGAGAAUCAACCAAUAAGACAGAAUGUUGGGGGACAACCUAAACAGCCCAAUGUCUUUGACCGACUAGGUGUGAGCGAGCAAAGGCGAAGGGAAGAAGACCUGAGGGAUGUUCUCAAUGAUCGAAGGAAAAGGCACGACGAGUACUUCCCCCAGCACUGGUCGCUCUAG